GCCGUGCGCCGGGGGGUGGUGGGAUUGGUAGGGUCGCUAUUUCCCAGCCUCUCCGGAGAAAACUCGGGCAAGGGAGAGCGCCUGCACGCUCAUGGAUGCGUGGGGGGGCCCCGCGCCCCGCUGGAUCCGCCGCCGCGGGGCCCGGCUGCUGCUGCUGCUGCUGACCGUGCGCCUGGGGAGCGGAGCUGAUAAAGCAGAUGAUGAGGAUGAUGAAGAUCUAAUGGUGAAUAAAACAUGGGUCCUUGCACCAAAGAUUCAUGGUGGUGAUGUAACUCACAUACUGGACUCCUUACUUCAAGGAUAUGACAAUAAGCUUCGGCCAGAUAUUGGGGUGAGAACUACAGUAAUUGAAACAGAUGUCUAUGUUAACAGCAUUGGUCCAGUCGACCCAAUCAAUAUGGAAUACACUAUAGAUAUAAUUUUUGCCCAGACUUGGUAUGACAGUCGUCUAAAAUUUAACAGCUCAAUGAAGGUGCUCAUGCUUAACAGCAAUAUGGUUGGAAAAAUUUGGAUUCCAGACACUUUCUUCAGGAACUCAAGGAAAUCUGAUGCUCACUGGAUUACAACGCCAAAUCGCUUGCUUCGAAUCUGGAGUGAUGGAAGAGUAUUAUACACUCUAAGGUUGACAAUUAAUGCUGAAUGUUAUCUUCAGCUUCAUAAUUUUCCUAUGGAUGAACACUCCUGUCCUCUGGAGUUUUCAAGCUAUGGCUAUCCCAGAAAUGAAAUUGAAUACAAAUGGAAGAAAACCUCUGUUGAAGUGGCAGAUCCAAAGUACUGGAGAUUGUAUCAGUUUGCAUUUGUAGGGCUACGAAAUACAACUGAAAUUUCCCAUACCUUGUCUGGUGAUUAUAUUAUUAUGACAAUAUUCUUUGAUCUCAGCAGACGUAUGGGAUAUUUCACUAUUCAGACAUACAUUCCUUGUAUACUCACAGUUGUUCUUUCAUGGGUGUCAUUUUGGAUCAAUAAGGAUGCAGUUCCUGCCAGGACUUCUCUGGGGAUCACAACGGUGCUGACCAUGACAACACUGAGCACAAUUGCUAGGAAGUCACUCCCAAAGGUUUCCUACGUGACAGCAAUGGACCUUUUUGUUUCAGUUUGCUUUAUUUUUGUGUUUGCUGCCUUGAUGGAAUAUGGCACCUUACAUUACUUUACCAGCAGCAGAAAAGGGGACAAAGGAAAAGAAAAGAAGGCAAAAUCUAAGCCAUCAAAACCACCUGCAAUUGCUGUUCGACCUGGAUCAACACUAAUCCCAAUUAAUAACAUUAAUCAUCUCCCUGAACGUGAUGAUGAUUAUGGAUAUGAGUGCCUAGAAGGAAAAGACUGUGCUAGUUUCUUUUGUUGUUUUGAAGACUGCCGCACAGGAUCUUGGCGAGAAGGAAGGAUACACAUCCGCAUAGCAAAAAUUGACUCCUACUCUCGGAUCUUCUUUCCAACUGCCUUUGCAUUGUUCAAUCUCGUUUACUGGAUUGGCUAUCUUUAUCUGUAAAUUUCAGAGGUUUGACAAACUCAGAAAACACAUUUCUGGUUGAGUAGUCAUUAAUACUUUUAACUGAACAAAGAUUAGAGCUGGUCCAAAAUGACUCAAAUUGUUUGUAUGCUUUAAAAAUUCGAAACAAUGAGAGGAAAUACGAUGAUGUAGUCUCCCUCUUGUGAUCAACUGUAGAACUGAUACUGGUAUUUUGAAGAGAAUAUUUUAAAAUAAAAACCCUGAGAAUUAUCUUUCCUGAACACACAUACAUAUAUUUUUUUCAGCUCUAAGAAAAUGCAGAAUCACAGGCUAUGCUAUUUAGCUGAACCAUCCUACAAAAGCUCUCAAUUUUAAUCCUAAAUGACAAUGCAGAAGGAUUUUGUAGCAUCUCUUACACCUUUACAAAGAAAGCCUUAAUUAAAUGGGAUUAAUUACUCUCAUCUAUUUCAUCCACAAGGUGAUGAUUUUAUUAAUCCCUAAUUUUAAAAAGUUGAAAUAUAAUAUUUAUCUUUUAAAUCAGCCAUUUUUCUUUCCAGUAUGUUAAAAAGUGUGAUUAGAUGAUAAUUAAUCAGUUUAGAUUUAUACAGAAUGCAGGUAUUAGAGCAGCAAAGAAUGGAUAUAUCAAAACACCCAAGGAUAAUUCUGAGCUUGUCUUAUCCUGAUCAUGGAUACAGACUUGUGGCUUUCAACCUUAGAUUACAUUUAUUUCUGUGCUUCAUUUCCUGUUACUUCAGUGUCAUGAGUUCCCUGAAGCGGUCCAAGAUGUCUACAGAUUUCAGAAAUUCUUUUCCAGCUGCCAUUGCUUGCUCUUUUCAUGGAAGACAGCCUGGUGUUGGCCAAGAUUCUGACCAUUAAGCAUGAUGAUCUUCACAUACUCAGUGCUGGAGAAAAAGUCAUAACGCUGCAUUUGGACGGAUUUGUUCCAACAAAAAAAUUUGUUCCAAUUUGGAAGGCUGGUAACAGUGCUAUAGUCAAUGCACUCAAAGUCACUGUGUUAACUCCCCAGUCCUAAGAGUGCAGUGUGUGCUCUGGUCCACUUUCAUACAGCAUGGUUUUGUAGAUUCAGUUUGUCACUGCACAUGCCACUGACUGAGCCAAAACCAAGUGGUGUUGAUGUAUUGACUGUGUGGUAUGGAUUGCUGGUAUUUACCUUCUUGAUACUUGCUUGUUUCUAAUGGAAAUGAUGUGUUGUGGAGGGGGAUUUAAAAUAAUCCUUAUGCAUUGCAGAACCUUCUCUAAGAUGGGAUACAUCCCCCCCCAAAAUCACAGGACCAGUUCUCCAUCCUUUUUGUGGUGAGAACUUUGGUAGAAAUCCUUCAGUAGUGGUUUUUCUGGACUAGUUUCUUGUUGCUGGCUACUGCUGGCUGGCAACACUUGGUAUCUAAUUUCUAUUUCUAAAUCCAUUGUCUUCAUUAUAGAAAAGUGUAAUCUUUCCUCCUUUCUCAAAAAGAAACUGGUCUCAAGUGAUCUUGCAAAAAAUCACUGUAAAAUUAAGAUAUACAUUAAGUAAAAGUCAGCAUUACACAGAAGACCUUACAGAUCUUUAAAGAGGAUUAAUGGGAUUAGCAUUUGGCUGUAGGUAAGGAUGUUCAGUACUAAAGAUAAAGACAUGAUUAAUAGCUAAGUGUAGAAAAUGCUACAUGAAAGGCUGCCCUCCUCCCCCCAAAAUUUCUGUUGAAUAUGCUCCCACCCCUGAAUUUCUCAGAUAAGAUUACUAUAUUUAUAGUCUAGUUGGUACCAGACAUAGUAAGAUAUGAUAUACAGUACACAUUUCAGAGGAAAUGUUACUCCAGCGUUCAGCCCCAAAUUCAAUGGAGAAUGUGAGAUUACGUGCAGUUGUACCGGAAGGAAGUGUGACAGAAGAUCCAAUUUUAAUGAACACUUUAUUUCAGUAUUUAGCUGAUGAAAUAUGAAAAUUUGAAAGAGUCUGAAGGCCCAGAUGAUGAGGAUGGCUGGCAUUAUUUGUGGAAUGACCUUUCUGAGUACCAAGCUCUUCUGACUGUUGGACUGAGCAGAGAAGUGGGGUACCAUUAACAAAAUUACCUGCUAUAAUUCACUGGUCUUUUAGAGUCUCACUUCAUAAAAUGUUCAGUCCAAAAGAAACAUGUCAGUUUUAAUUCCGCAAUGUAGGUUGAUGCCUUUUGACAGCAAGCUGAACACAUUCCUCUGCAGGAGGGACGAAGGUGGCUUCAGCAGUAUGUCAGAUAUGUGCUUGAAAACAGUCAGCUUGAUGUGCAAUGCAAGGCCCAGAUUUAGUGAGUUCCUGAGCUUCAUUAAUUCACCUUUAAACAAAGGAAACUUAAAAGAACUUGGCACUUCACAAGAGGAAAUACAAAUUUCACAGCCUGCUCUCCCCUGGCUCAUCUAGUUAGCUGUUUCUAUUCAUGUGGUUGUCAGUUGCCAAUCAGCCUCCAGUGACUGAAUUGGAGAACAGAAAACAUUCAGAAUUGGCAAGGGAUGGAUAAGAAGUCUUUCAUCUCUAAUUUCUGUGGAACAAUGUAAUGGAGUAUUAAACCUAUUGAAUGUUAUGGUUGUUUGGCUUAUGGAUACAUUUGCUUCUGUCUGUUGACAAACUUUUCUGUGUACUUCAUUUGUUUCUGAUGAAAUAAUUUCAGUUUCUCAUAGCACUGUGAGUGCAAAUAGGAAUGAGAAGGCAGUGAAUUGUAACAUGGAAUGUAAUAAAUGUAUUAUUU